AUGGGCAGCAAGUACGGCGGGGUCACGGACGGCGGCCUCGGCGCCUACGAGGUCGACGUCGUCGAGAAGGCCAUGGAGGAGUUUCUCCAGCGCACGUCCGACGGCGCCGAGGCGUCCGUCGUCGACGUCACGGCCAUUUUGGACAAGAUCAACGGCCCCUGCGAGCGGCUCGUGCGCGUCGCCGAGUCCCUCGACUUCGUCGACGGGUGCCUCGGUAAGCUGACGACGUGCCUCGACCGCCGCUACACGAAGCCCGGCGUGCGGACCGAGGAGCCGGAGGCGAUCCGCCUCGCGCGCGCGAAGCUGCUGUGCCACGAGGGCACGGUGGCCUACGUGAAGACGCGGACGCGCUGCGAGUCGCGGGGCCUCGAGGAGUGGGACGAGGACUUCCGGACCGAGGUCCACGGCGGCCUCCGGCGGUGCCUCUCGAAGCACCGGUCGUCGGCCGCGACGCUCCGCGAGCUCCGCAAGAAGGGCCCCCUCGCGCAGCAGCUCAAGACGCUCGGCGAGGCGGCGCAGAUGCUGCCCCAGUUCCGCAAGGAGGCCGUGCGGCCUCUGGAGGAGGCGUGCGUCUUGUUCAAAGCGCUCGACCGCGCGAAGGAGCUCGAGGACUGCCGCGACCAGCUCAAGCACCUCAAGGACCUCCAGAAGCUCGCGACGGAGAAGCAGUUCGCCUGCGAUAAAGAUAUCCGGACCCACGUCGACCUGCUGCCCGACGAGUACAAGCCGGAGGUUAAAGACGCGCGGCCGAAUUUACUGGCCGAGACGACGUUCCACGCGGCGCUGCUCGGCGGGUCCCAGGCGCUGCGGGACGCGCGCCACUUCCUGCGCGUCGUCGAGGCGGCGGAGAUCGAGGCCUACGCGGCGCCGGACAAGCCGCGGCGCUGGGUCGUUUCCGGGCUCGUCGACCCGCCCUUACCGCUGCCGAUCGAGCCGAGGCAGCGCGACGUCCACGCCGUCGUCUUCUUUCAGAACGACGGCGGCGACUUUUCGGUGGUCACGCACGGCUACAAGGCGACGACGGCGCAGCUGGUCAGCCAGGACCUCGACGCGCCCCAGGCGUCGCGCCGGUCCAACGCGUACCACGAGCUGAAGUUCGGCGUCCGCAUGGACGAGGCGAAGCGGCGCCAGCUCGAGUACGUGUCCUUCGUCUUCGACGAGCAGAUCGCCAAGGCGUCGCGCGCCGUACCGGGCACGGCGGCCGCGGCCGGCGGCGCGGCCGUCGCCGCGGCGCUCGGCGACGCCCUCGCCGGCGACUUGUGCGCGGGCGACGCGACGCUCAAGUGCGCGCAGUGCGGCGAGGUCUCGAGCGUCCGCGUCACCGUGUCCCGCUGCGCGCGCUGCAAGACCGCGUCCUACUGCUCCCGCCACUGCCAGAAGAAGCACUGGCUCAAGCACAAGCCCACGUGCGUCCCCGUGCCGGCGGCCGCCGCGUAA